CGAAUUUGAGUUAUUAGAUCUUUCUUCACGGUGUUUUCUAAAUAUUUUGGUGUAAAAUGGCUUCAAAAGUAGCUGUCGUAACAGGAGCUAAUAAAGGCAUUGGAUUUGCGAUAGUACGUGGCCUUUGCAAGCGUUUUGAUGGUGUAGUUUACCUUACUUCACGAAAUAUUGAGCGCGGUAAAAAAGCCGUAGCUGACCUUGAGAAGGAAGGAUUAAAACCGAAUUAUCACCAACUGGAUAUUACAGACAACAAAAGUUUGGAAGUAUUUAGAGACUACAUUAAGAACAAAUACGGCGGAAUUGAUGUAUUGGUAAAUAACGCUGCUAUUGCAUUUAAACAUAAUGCUACUGAGCCGGCAGCCGUGCAAGCUAAGGAAACUUUAUUCGUUAACUACUUUUCUCUGGUUUCCACAUGUGAUAUCUUAUUCCCAAUCCUCAAAAAUGGUGCUCGAGUUAUUAAUCUGUCGAGUUCUUGCGGUCAACUAGGUCUUAUUCCAAGUAAAGAGUUAAAAGAGCGUCUUAAAGAUGAGAAAUUAACUGUUCCGGAGUUGUCAGACCUGAUGCAACAGUAUGUGGAUGCUGCUCAGCAAGGAACACAGGCUGCUGCGUGGGGGAACUCUUCAUAUGUGGUGUCUAAAGUUGGUGUGUCUGCACUGACUAAUAUACAACAGAGAAUGCUGGAGAGCAGAGAACUAUCUACCAUGAAUCAGUGA